CAUCUAUUUAUCCCCGUGUUGGCUUUGGUUUGGAGCUGCAUCUGGGGGGUUUGCUAGAUCUGCAGAAAUUCGUCUUUUUAUCUCAACAAUGCGACUCCGAUUUAUAACUGCAUACAACUUUUUCAUGCAUUUGCAUGGACUGAAAAACAAGUCAGCCAAUUGUUUGAUUGGGUAACUUAUAUCGCAGAAGAAGCAAGACGAUAUGAAAGUUUACACACCUGUGACGGAAGGUAUUCAAAGAAACGCGGCUAACUUUUUAUAUCGUGGAAGGAAAUGACAAGAAAAGUGGGUUUGGAGGUGGCGAGUGGCUGUAUGAGGAGGUGGAGGAGAAUCAGGGACACAUCAGUUUGUGUUAAAAAGUCUCAAAUGUUCCCCAGAAAAGUGCUAAACCCUCUGUUGUCCCGAUGGGGAACUGCUUUACAACACUCCCCAGGAAACCUAAGGGUAACCAACAGAGGAGCUCUUUUAAAUAAGAAUGUGAAACUGAGGGGAUUUUCGUUGAUCCGAAGCCAAAUAAAAUUAAAAUAACUGAAAAGACAACAACAGAACAGUCCUCAGAUGGACCCAAUAAGAACCUGUUUGUAGGCUUAUAAGAAACUGCCUCUGAGUCCUAGGACUGGUUCUUCCUGCCUUUUAUAUGUAACAUCUAUAGAUGCCUUUUCUCUGCCAACACAUCAGAUUUGAAUCAGUGAGUGAUUACAAGGUUCCUACAGAACUUGAGAACAUGUGGAGUAGGUUUGAGUUUGGUUUGUUGGACUAGGGUGCAGAUGAGAAAAGCAGCCGAAGAGUAAAAAGACUUUAGAGACGGAUGAUAAAGGAACAACAAGAGGACCAGUAGUGGAAGAUAAACCGACAGCAGCUGAUGAGGGAGAGCGUUUUAGCUCCCCGAAGGUCUUCUUUGUGAGACGGAGCUGCCCUGCUGAUAGAAUCAACAACAACAGGAGGAAGAAAAACAUAUCCAAGCAUCCAAACAUCAAGCACUGAGCUAAUACCACAGAAACUGGGGCAGGCUCACAUCAGUGACACACAUCAACACUGAAAAGCCAAAAGGAAAAAGGAAGAAGAAGAUGGACAAAAGUGCCGAUGGCAGAAAUGUGGUGGUGCACCCACCCAGGACCAGAGAGCUACUGCCCCCCUCGUUUCUCUCUUCAUCCUUCCUCAUCUGUUCUCUGACCCUGUCCCCUCCUCCUUCACCCCCCUCCCCUCUCCUCUCACAUGGCAUUGCUAGCGCACCGUUCCCACAGUUAGAGCAGGGAGAGCGCAUCGCCCAGCUCACAUCUCUGCCUCUCUCCGCGCUUCUCUGGCAUUCCUCUGCUUCAUCUCUACCGCUGCUGGUUUCUACUCUGCAGCUCAAAUCCUGAAAGAAAGAAACAUCCUGAAGCUUCAGCAUCAGAAACAAGCAGAGAGAAAACCUGUGAGGGACUGAUCCUGUCAAGAACUGAGGAGUGAUUGUAUUUUUGUUCCAGGUUUUUGAUGACUGACCUGCACUUCUUCAAAGGAAGACUGGAAAAGGGAGAAGAAACGCUUUUGCAGGCUUGUUUUGGUUUGAAGAAUAAAGUGAUGCAUCAGCAAGACCACAGCCAGGAACUUGAAAAGUGAAGAGACGAGAACAUUUCCACAUCACAAAGGAAGCAGGCUUCCCUGUUUCCACACAACCUGUCCCACCUGCUGAAGCUCAGCCAUGCAGGUGUCCAUCGCCUGCACAGACCACAACCUGAAGAGGGGCAAUGGAGAUCACAGCAAGCAGAGCACCACCAGCCCCAACGUGGUCAACCAAGCCCGAGCCAAGUUCCGCACCGUGGCUAUCAUCGCUCGCAGCUUCGGCUCCUUCACGCCACGCCACAUCUCCCUCAAGGAGUCCACGGGGAAACACACGGGGAUGAAGUACAGGAACCUUGGAAAGUCGGGGCUCAGAGUAUCGUGUUUGGGCCUGGGUACGUGGGUAACAUUUGGAGGACAGAUAACAGAUGAGGUCGCAGAGCAGCUAAUGACCAUUGCCUAUGAGAGUGGGGUCAACUUGUUCGACACAGCUGAGGUCUACGCUGGCGGCAGGGCUGAAAUCAUUCUAGGAAACAUUAUCAAGAAGAAAUGCUGGAGACGGUCGAGUUUGGUCAUUACAACAAAACUUUACUGGGGAGGAAAAGCAGAAACAGAAAGAGGAUUGUCGAGGAAACACAUUAUUGAAGGCCUAAAAGGUUCUCUACAGAGGUUGCAGAUGGAGUACGUAGAUGUAGUCUUUGCCAAUCGCCCAGACAGCAAUACUCCCAUGGAGGAAAUUGUUCGAGCCAUGACCUACGUGAUUAACCAAGGCAUGGUGAUGUAUUGGGGCACAUCUCGGUGGACGGCCAUGGAGAUCAUGGAGGCUUACUCUGUGGCGAGACAGUUUAACUUGAUCCCCCCGGUGUGUGAGCAGGCAGAGUAUCACCUCUUCCAAAGGGAGAAGGUCGAGGUGCAACUGCCUGAACUUUACCACAAGAUAGGAGUCGGAGCAAUGACUUGGUCACCGCUAGCGUGUGGCAUCAUCACAGGGAAAUAUGAAAACGGCAUCCCUGAAGCUUCAAGGGCCUCCAUGAAGUCCUAUCAGUGGUUGAAAGAGAAAAUAGUGAGUGAAGAUGGAAGGAAGCAGCAGGCAAAGCUGAAGGAGUUGAACCACAUCGCAGAGAAGCUGGGUUGCACGCUGCCCCAGCUGGCUGUGGCGUGGUGUCUGAGAAAUGAAGGAGUGAGCUCCGUCCUUCUGGGAACAUCCAACCCUGAUCAGCUCACUGAGAACCUCGGGGCCAUACAGAUCCUUCCAAAGAUGACCUCUCAUGUGGUGUCAGACAUCGACCACAUCCUGGGUAACAGGCCCUGCACUAAGAAGGACUACCGCUCCUAGACCACGCCGACUCGGACACCAGCUACCUGCCUACACUUCGACCCUUGACCCUCUGAUCAGAGGGUCGCGUAUCCAUGGCUCUCCUCCUCCUCUGAGCCUGUUCAGCUUCAGACCUCUUCAGCCUGAAACAGACAGCAGCAUUGCACACCGUAACCAAGCCCAUUUGAGGCUUCUGCUUCGAUCAGAUUCAUCUCAGGGGCAGUCAUGCUCAGCCAAGAAAAGCUUAGACCUUCCUCAGCCUCAAACGCAACUUAGUAGAUUAGAGCUUUCCACCCCUGACCCGAGGUGUCUGCGUUUAGGCAACAGCACAUCAGAGAUCUAUCUAUGCAGAGCUUAGAGCAGCACGCGCUAAAGCUUCACCAUAACAAACAUCACAUCCAUGGGGUGGAUUUCUGUAUUUAAAUCACCUUUAGAUUUCAGUCCAGGCACACAGGUACAGCUGGGUUUUAGAGAUGUUUGUCAUUGGGUUGGCUCAUAAAGACAGAGAAGCAAUGCACAACUUCAAAUGAAAGUGCCUUGUUCAAAAGCACCUUGGUUAUCCACCGGUCCUCCUUGUACAGACCAGUCUAGUUCCAUAUCUGCAAUCUGAGGACAACAAUUCAUACUGGACACGUUUAUUUAUGAGAUUCCUGAAUGCAUCAACGCAAGCACGUUAGACCUAGAGAUCAGAUCUCAUGCAGGAGGGUGAGCCGAGGCUUCAGCUGCAUGCUGAGCACAAACCACUGAUUUCAUUACUAUGCUCUGCAGCGUGGCAAAAUAAAUUACCAUAAACUUUCACCUCCUUUGUUCGAGGUGCGAGUCAUGGGAUAAAACUUUAUCCUGUGGAACGUGGACUUUAUUGACAGCAAGGUGACCCGCUCAGACAGAGCUUCAUGAAUACGAACGAGACCUAAAAUAAUCUAACAGCUUGAAAAAAUGUAACCCAUUCCAUAGUUGUCACAGAAAUGUGCAAAACAUAGAUUUAGCCGCAGGUUGUGAGAACACAACAAGCAUGAGUCCCUGCUACGGUGUGCCUCUUUCUUCUUCUAAGUCUGACAAUGACUGCAAGCUUGCCGGACCUGUGACCCUGGUGAAGCAGAGGAUUGUGGGACGUGGGGGGAGAAGAAGUGGGGUUUGUUGCCCUUGUGUGGUGGUUUAAUGAAAGUACAACUCUGCUUCACAAAAUCAGAGAAAGAACAAACGCUGCCUUGCAAAAAAAAAAAAAAAAAAAAAAAAAAAAAGAUAGUGAGCACCAUAGUGAAGCUGUUUGUGCUUGUGAACUGAAACAGCAUCGCCGAGAUAAUAGAUACCUGAACGGAAGGGUGAACUGGUCUAAUUGUGGUUUGAAAUGGCACAAUGUGACAAAAAUCAUAGUAUUUAUUCUAAAGUAGACAUAGAAUCAGAUAUUUAUUUUGGCUUUUUAAAAUAUUUGCCUGUUUGAAGGUGUAUAAGACUUUAGGCCGUGUAUCUUUGUAAAAUAAAGAAGCCUCUGUUGCACAAGGCGUUACUGUAUGGUGAAUAUAAUAGAUGUAAUCAGAUGUAAAUAAGGUUAUUUUAUUGUUUGCUGGCAGAACCACUGCAUACGUUGCAGUUUGUGACCAUUUCAUCCCAUCCUCCUUCCUCGGACUGGCUUCAUAACCUCCAAGUGUUCUAUUUUUUUUGGUUCAGGUUGUAUUCUCCGUUGUAAACAAUACAAUGUCCAUAAGUAUUCAUAAUAUAAAGGAAAAAGCAUCAAGCUUAAAUGUUGCUCAUUUACUCUGAUGAGUUUUAUGGUUGUUGCCUUCAUGAAUUCUGGUUUUUAUUUUAUUUAUUUAUUUUUUUUUUUCAUCUGGGGAAAAAUAAGCCAUCGCUGGGAUCAGCAGAGAUAUGAUUCUUGGUGCACAUUUGUUGACUUGCACCCACAAAAAUUUCUGCAGCAUCCUCACUUUCAGAAGUCUAAACCCAGAUUAUGAUCCGAUUUAAAGACCAAGUUCACAGAGAUGAUUUAGCAUCCAGGAGACAGCAGAACACGUCACAGCUAGUAGAAGCUAACUGUUAGCAUUAGCAACUCCACAACAUGACAGAACUCCUCCAGACUUGUGUUAUUUGUGGAAGUAAAACAUUAACAUAGCAGAGCAAACCGAGUCAGUGGUAGAGUUGUGUUGCUGAUAGCCAAUCAGAGGUGAGGUGUCAGAAUAUCAGGAAAUAAUGCAUUUGAUUUACCUUGGAAGUCGAAUUGGGAAUGAUGUCACUUCCAAGCUAACCGCGUUCUGGUUACUGUAGUCAGAAAAGUCGGGAUUCCAAUAUGGAGACACCCUUGAAAACUGCUGUAUUGUUAGUUCUUAACAGACUAAUAAACACAUAAAACUCAUCUUAAUAAAAUAUUAGGAGAGAGAAGCUUUUAGUUGCAAGCGCUACAUAUAACAUUGAUUUUAAAUGCACUCAUAAGUGUGUCUUGUAAAAUUAACUUAUUUCAAACAAAACUGGACAUUUGGGACGUCGAGGUUGGAGUUCUGAAAUUCUUCCGAGUUUCCAACUGGGAGGUCCGUCUUUGGGGGCAUUUCAUUUGAUUUUUCCUACUUGGAAGUCUGGAUUUCGAGUUCUGAGGACAACACGAAAGCACCAUGACUCCAAAUCCUGUCGUCCUCUACUUCCUGAAACAGAAGCUUUGUUCCCACAGAGAUCGACUCACAAAACAUUCAUGUAUACACCUAUUUAUACCACUAAAAUGUAUUUAUAAAAUGACUGAACUUGGUCUUUAAACUUGCACACAACAGUAAUUGGCAGAAUCCCUGAACAUUUAGUUCAUAAUAAAGAUUUUUUAAUACACACGUGCAAGUCAACAUGGUGUCCCUUGGUUAGAGUCGGUGUUGCUGCCUGGUAGAGUGCCUUGACUUGAGUCCUGCUAAAGGAAACCCUUCAGGGAUGUCUUCAUCACAAGUUAGAAUAAAAGUAAAUAAGUGCAAAGUUAGAAACAGGAGUCAGUCACAUAUCAUACGUAUUUCAUCUGGAUUAUUAUGACCCAACACACAACCAGAAACGCCGUGUUAGUUUGUUCUGAAGUGACCUUCUGCAAGCCUAAACCCUGUUGGACAUCUGGAGCAGGAACCCUUCAGACCUGAGAGAUGGAGCAGUGAGGAGCAGACCGAACGGACAGAAAUAACUGGAUAGCAAAGAUGGUCUAGAUUAUGCGGCAAAAUAUGAAAUUGGGGUACCAUCGAUAAUCUGACCGCAGCGCAGUUAAUGUUUGAUCUGUUCAUCAGUUUCAGGGACUAUUGAGGGCUUUUCUGUCUGUAAUGAUAAGAUCCAAAAAUGUUGUCCAUGUCUGAGAUGUUUGAACAAGAAGUUACAAAUUAAUCUGAAACAGAACAUUUUCUUCCAGCUUUGUCCUUUUGUUUGGUAAUCUGACCGAUGUUAAUAUAUUUUCUCAAAGGUUUACUGUCCCGAAGUACCAAUGAAAUUGUGAAAAUCUCAGAUUCAAAAGUGUUUUUGUCAAAAACACCAGAAACUGAAAACUAGAUAAAGAAAAGAAAGGUGCUGGGUCAGUUUCAUAAAAUGACAAGUCAUUUUUCGAGUGGCUUUCGAACAAACUCAUUGCUUUGACUUAUCUGUGCCUGUGAGAAUCCCUCUCUUUGGAAAAAUAGUUGUUUUAGGUCAAACUUUAGAACUCAAUACAAGCCCCCAAUAAAUAUGAAACUAUUUAAAACUAAUUUCUGAGCAAUGCUUUUAUUUUGAAGGGAAAGAAGUCAACUUAAUUAUUAAAUGUAUAAUCCAUUUCUACCCAAAGAUCCUGUUAGAACUAAAUUAACUAUUACAGAUGAAACAUGGAGAGAAAAGACUCAACACUGAUUUUUAUUUUCCUGUUGAU